AAUGUCAGCCUCUAGAAAGCAGAUUCUUUUACAUUCAACGCUUACAUCUGCUCUUAAAAUUUUUGUUUUUUAAAUUUUCUUAUGUGGGAAUUGACAAGUAUGGGAAAAGAUGGACAUUUUGAGAACUUGUCUAAUAGCCUAACAUUUUGAUAAGAGCAAGUCUUCAGAUGUGGAGCACAAAGGCACUUCCUUGUUAAUUGGUGGAGAUCAAACGGUUCAGAUCCAUCAUGGAUGAAACACAAACAUCUGGAGAUGAAGUUUUUUUUCCAGGAUGCAGUUCAGUUCAUCAGAAGAGAUCAGAAGCAGAGUCCAGCUGUGUGUCUAUGAAGAGUGACUGGUCUAUGGACCCUCCAGAAAAGUUUAACAGUGGAGAUUCACAGUCUGGUCUCAGUCCAGUUCAUCAGAAGAGAUCAGACGCAGAGCCCAGUUGUGUGUCUAUGAAGAGUGACUGGUCUAUGGACCCUCCAGAAAAGUUUAACAGUGGAGAUUCACAGUCUGGUCUCAGUCCAGUUCAACAAAAGAGAUCAGAAGCAGAGCCCAGUUGUGUGUCUAUGAAGAGUGACUGGUCUAUGGACCCUCCAGAAAAGUUUAACAGUGGAGAUUCACAGUCUGGUCUUAGUCCAGUUCAUCAGAAGAGGUCAGAAGCAAAGCCCAGUUGUGUGUCUAUGAAGAGUGACUGGUCUAUGGACCCUCCAGAAAAGUUUAACAGUGGAGAUUCACAGUCUGGUCUCAGUCCAGCUCAGCAGAAUAGAUCAGAAGCAGAGCCCAGCUGUGUCUCUAUGAAGAGUGACGGGUCUACAGCUCAGCCAGUAAAGUCUAACAGUGGAAAUACACACCCUGGUCUCAGCCAUGAAGUCCUCAACACAUUUAAAUCAAAUCUGAUGAAGAAGUUUAAACAUCUGUAUGAGGGAACAGCAAUACAGGGAAACCCAACACUACUGAAUGAGAUCUACACAGAGCUCUACAUCACAGAGAGUGAGAGUGGAGAGAUCAAUAAUGAGCAUGAGGUGAGACAGAUUGAGACACAAUCCAGGAGACCAGCAACAGAGGACAAACCCAUCAAAUGCAAUGACAUCUUUAGACCUUUACCUGGACAAGACAAACCCAUCAGAACUGUGCUGACAAAGGGAGUCGCUGGCAUUGGAAAAACAGUUUCUGUGCAGAAGUUCAUCCUGGACUGGGCUGAAGGGAAAGAGAAUCAGGACGUCCAGCUCAUAUUUCCACUUCCUUUCAGAGAGUUCAACCUGAUGAAGAACAAAACACUCAGUCUUUCAGAUCUUCUUAAUAUAUUUUUCCCUAAAACACAAGAAGUGAAAAUAUCCUGUGAUGAAUAUGAAGUGUUGUUUAUCUUUGAUGGUCUGGAUGAGUGUCGUCUGUCUCUGGACUUUAAGAGCAAAGUGAAACUGUGUAAUAUAUCUGAAUCAGCCUCAGUGGACGUGUUGCUGAUGAACCUCAUUGUGGGGAAUCUGCUUCCCUCUGCUCUCAUCUGGAUCACCUCCAGACCAGCAGCAGCUGAUCUCAUUCCCUCUGAGUGUGUCCAUCGAGUGACAGAGGUACGAGGCUUCAAUGAGCCACAGAAGGAGGAAUACUUCAGGAAGAGAAUCAGUGAUCAGAGUCUGGCCGACAGGAUCAUCUCACACCUGAAGUCAACAAGGAGUCUCUACAUCAUGUGUCACAUCCCAGUGUUCUGCUGGAUCUCAGCCGCUGUUCUAGAGAAGAUGCUGAGUCAAGCAGAGAGUGGAGAGAUUCCCAAGACUCUCACUCAAAUGUACACACACUUCCUGAUCCUUCAGACCAACAUCAAACAUGAGAAGGACUAUGAGAAGAAAGUGAAAGAUAAAGACAUGAUCCUCAAACUGGGGAAACUGGCUUUUCAGCAGCUUGUGAAAGGCAACCUGAUCUUCUAUGAAGAAGACCUGAGAGAGUGUGGCAUUGAUGUGACAGAAGCAUCAGUGUACUCAGGAUUGUGCACUCAGAUCUUCAGAGAGGAGUUGGGCUUGUAUCAGGGGAAAGUCUUCUGCUUUGUUCAUCUGAGCCUUCAGGAACAUCUAGCAGCUCUAUAUGCACACCUCUCCUUUACAAUCAACAACAUCAAUAUCUUUGACCAAACCAAGCAAGGUCUGUUGUUUAAGAUUUUUAAGAAGAAAUCUAAUUCAUUAUCUGAGCUGCAUCAGAGAGCUGUGAAUGAGGCUUUACAGAGUAAGAAUGGACAUCUGGAUCUUUUCCUGCGUUUUUUUCUGGGUCUCUCAGUGAAGUCCAAUCAGACUCUCUUACAAAAACUACUCACACAGACGGGAAGCUGUUCCUAUAACAAAGAGAAAACAGUUCAGUACAUCAAACAGAAGAUCACAGAGAAUCGAUCUUCAGAGAAAUCCAUCAAUCUGUUUCACUGUCUGAAUGAACUGGGUGAUGAUUCACUGAUGCAGGAGAUCCAAGAUUAUCUGAAAUAGAAAACAAUAAAAAAAACCAAACUCUCAUCUUCACAGUGGUCAGCUCUGGUUUAUGUGUUGCUGACAUCAGAGCAGAAGAUGGAUGUUUUUCAUCUAAAACAGUUUAUUGGAAAACAACACAGUGCAGAUGAAGUUCUUCAUAAUAUGUUACUUGUGGUUAAAGAUUUCAGAUCAAUUCAGCUAUGCAAAUGCAAUCUCACUGCUCAGUCCUGUGGAAAUUUAUCUUCAGCUUUACAAUCCUCAAACUCAAACAUCCUGAGAGAGCUGGAUCUGAGUAACAAUGACCUGAAGGAUUCUGGAGUGAAGCUUCUUUCUGAUGGACUAAAGAGUCCAAACUGUCAGCUGGAGACACUGAGAUUGUCUGGCUGUAUGGUGACAAAGAAAGGCUGUCGUUAUGUGUUUUCAGCUCUGAGUUCAAACCCCUCACACCUGAGAGAGCUGGAUCUGAGCUACAAUCACCCAGGAGAUUCAGGAGUCAAACUACUCACUCAAAAACUGUUGGAUUCAUCCUGCUCACUGGACAAACUGAAUGUGGAUCAUGGAGGAGAAUCCAGGAUUACAGCAGGACUGAAGAAAUAUGCCUGUUUUCUCACACUGGAUCCAAACACAACAAAUAAUUAUCUCAGACUGUCUGAGGAGAACAGAAAGGUGACAGGUGUGAGAGUGUGUCAGUCGUAUCCUGAUCAUCCAGACAGAUUUGCAGUGCAUCGUCAGGUGUUGUGUAGAGAGAGUGUGUGUGGACGCUGUUACUGGGAGAUUAAGUGGAGUGGACGUGUGUGUAUAUCAGUGUCAUAUAAGAGCAUCAGCAGGAAUGGACGGGGUGAUGAGUGUAGGUUUGGAUAUAAUGAUCAGUCCUGGAGUUUAAUCUGCUCUUGCUACAAAUACUCAUUCAGACACAAUAACGAAGAGACUGAUCUCCCUGUGAAGUCCACCAGCAAUAGAAUAAGAGUGUCUGAUAUUAUCAGUAGAAGACAAUUGCCUGAUAAUGUCAGUGUAAUGGCAGUGUGUGAUUAUGAUGAUGAUGAUGAUGAUGAUGAUGAUGAUUAUAUCAGUAGAACAAGAGUGUAUAAUGAUGCUGAUUAUAUCAGGAGAAUAAGAGUGUAUAAAAAUGAUGAUGAUGAUGAUGAAGAUGAUGAUCAUAUCAGAAGAACAGGAGUGUAUGUGGAUGUGAGUGCAGGAACUCUGUCCUUCUACAGCGUCUCUGACACAAUGAGGCUCAUCCACAAAGUCCAGACCACAUUCACUCAGACGCUCUAUUCUGGGUUUACUCUUUGGUCUGGAUCAGUGAAACUGUGUUGAUGAAUCAGAAUAGAUUGAUGAGAGAUUCUACCCAUAAUGUCAUGAAGAGACUCGAUAACAUCUCACUGUUACUGAUUCAUCAUGCAUCUCAAAGUAUUAAUACUGCAGCUCAACUUCUGUCACUCAAAUAACAGUCAGAAUAAAUGUGUGUCAGAAAUCCUCAUAUAGACAGUAAGAUCAGUGUGUGUGUGUUUGAGUUUUUAUUAUUGUCUCAUCAAUCAUUUAUUACUGUCGAAAUGUAAAAAUGUCACAAACCUGAUUGAUGAAGAACAUGUAACUAAUUUCUCUCUAUUGUUUUUUGUACAGA